AUAUUCCUGCCCUCAUAAUUCCUGUUUUGCUAAUUAUCCUUAUUAUUUUACCUCUAUUUUCAUCGCCUGUCUACCUGUGGCCACCUGAAGGACUAAUUAAGGAUCUACAGAUGUUAUUAAGUCGUAUAUAAGGACGUGGAAGGCUUAAAUUAGGCAGCACCAGAGAGUCAGCUAGCAAGUACAUGAUUAAAAUAUAUAAGUGAACAAGAAAUUAAAAAAGUAAAUAUCAACAAUAAAAGUAAUGAAAAAAAUAAUAUAGAAAAAAAAGAAAUAAAAAGGUGAAAAUUUCGGAAGUGAAAAACAAACUUAAAAAAAUGAGUGAAAUGUGAACGAAAAUUUAAAAACUGAAUACCAACAACAAUAAAGUAACAAAAAAAAAUAUAUAUAUAAAAGAAAAAAAGGUGAACAUUUUGGAAACGAAAAAACAAACUUGAAAAAAUGAGUGAAAAGUGAAAAAAAAACAAAAAAAAAAACAAUCAACAAUAAAAAUGAUAAAAAUAAUGUAGAAAAAAAAAAGCUGAACAUUUUGGAAGCGAAAAAAUAAACUUGAAAAAACGAGUAAAAAGUGAACGAAAAUUUAAAAACUGAAUUUCAACAACAAUAAAAGUAACGGAAAAAAAAUCUAUAUAUACAUAAAAAAAGAGAAAAAAAGGUGAAAAUUUUGAAAGCGAAAAAACAAACUUGAAAAAACUAUAAAAAAGUGAAAAAAAAAACAAUAAUAAAAUAAAAAAACAAAUAUCAACAAAUCAAAAUGUCGUCACAAAACCCCAAACUCAAAUGCCGGGAGUGCGGACACGAGGCCCCCACCCAAAGCGCUUUACUGCAACACACACUCACCCACUCCGGGCUCGAGGUGUUCCGCUGCGCCCACUGCGACAAGAUGUUCACGCACGUUACCCCGUACAAAAAACACACUCGCCUCCAUUCCCGCGUCAACAAGUUCAAGUGCGAGGAAUGUGGCCGAGGGUUCCAUAUGCAAUAUUACCUCAACCAGCACUUACUGAGGCACAAAGGGGAGCGGAAUUUCGAGUGUCAUGUCUGCGGAAAACGGUUUGUCCUGCGCACGAAUCUUUGCCAGCACAUUAAGACACACGCAGGGGUUAAAAAGCAUAGAUGUGACGAAUGUGGGAAGGAGUAUUCGAGCAAGACUGCGUUACAAGACCACUCGGAAACGCAUACCGGGAUACGGAACUUUAAGUGCGACGAGUGCGGACGCUCGUACUUCAACCAACGCGCUCUGACCCAGCACAUCGCCGUCCACAAACUCCCGAAGACAUUUAAGUGCGACACCUGCGGCGACGCGUUCCGUAACAAGAGCGAACUGGACCAACACACGAACGUACACACGGGCGAUCGGAAGUACGUGUGCGCGGAAUGCGGGAAGUGCUUUCGGCAGAAGUCGGCGUACUCUCGACACCUGUUGACGCAUACGAAGGAAAAGCGAUUCCAGUGCGAUGAUUGCAAGAGGUGUUUCGCCGAGAAGGGGACGCUGGUUAAGCACAUCCCGGUCUGCCGAUCGCGUCGUCUAUACACAUGCGGCGAGUGUGACAAGUUCUUCCGAAGCGACGUGGAGCUUGCCAAACACUCCGAAUUCCACGAGAAAGCGCGGAAAUUCCACUGCGUCGUAUGCGAACAGUACUUCCCUGAUUCUGCCGCGCUAUCCUACCACAUCUGCACCAGGGUAACGCGACUGGCCUGCACGAAAACCGGCGAACCGCUCACGACGCAGCACAAGUGUAACCUCUGUGGGAAGACCUUCACUGAGGAGGGGAACUACACACGUCAUCUUGAGUUCCACGCCAAGGAUAGGCUAUUUAAGUGCCCAAAGUGUGCCAAGGGGUUCGUGUCGAGAGACCACUUGAACCGUCACGUGGUAAUACACUCAAAGGUCCGGGAUUAUGUCUGCGAGGAGUGCGGUGCGAGUUUUGUCCGUAAGAGCGACUUGAAGCUGCAUGGGGUGAGGCACUCUGGGGUGCGGAAGUUUGGGUGCGAGGAGUGUGGCCAAAGGUUCACGAGGAAGGUGAGUUUGACGAAUCAUCAGAGGAGGCAUUUUAGGGCUCUGGCGGCAGCGAAGAGCGGAACAGCGGACUGAACAGACAAGAUGAUGGGUGGAAUAGUGACUUGAGAUGAAAAUUAAAGGAAAAAGAGGAAUUAAAUGAUAGACCUAGGUUGAAAAAUUAGAGAAAAAAAGAGAUUAUGUUAAAGAUUACAUGGAAGAAUUGUUGUUUGAUAGAAUGAUAUAGAAAAUAAAGAAAAAAAAGGAUACUUGAUAGACUGAAGUUGUAAAAUGAAAGGAAAAUGAAGACUUGAAAUAGACAGAUUGAAAUUAAUGGAAGAAAUAAGUUAUUGGUGUUUAGAAGCAUAAGAUAAAGAUAAUUACUAUAGAGUGAAAACAUGAAGGAAAACAAAGGAAAACAGGACUAGAGAAAUGAGUUUGACGAUGUUUUAAUUGUGACCAAAUGUAUGUAUGUAUGUAUGUAUGUGUGUUUUAAUAUGUAUAUGUAUAUGUAUGGAUGAAUGUUUGUAUGUAUAAGAGAGAGAGAGAGAGAGAGAGAGAGAGAGAGAGAGAGAGAGAGAGAGAGAGAGAGAGAGAGAUUGGAGAAAAAUAUUAGUCUUUUUUUUAACUUUGGAGGAAAAAAUGAGAGAGAGAGAGAGAGAGAGAGAGAGAGAGAGAGAGAGAGAGAGAGAGAGAGAGAGAGAUCAAUAAAACCAGC